AUGGACGUGGCACGGACGACGGUUUCUUCUCGCGGCAGCACGUAUCGCGGCACGGACGACUGUUUUACCCGCGGCAACACGUGGACACGGCAAGCACGGCGGUUUUACCCGCGGCAGCACGUGGACACGGCAAGCACGGCGGUUUUACCCGCGGCAGCACGUGGACACGGCAAGCACGGCGGUUUUACCCGCGGCAACACGUGGACACGGCAAGCACGGCGGUUUUACCCGCGGCAACACGUGGACACGCCGCGGCAGCACGUGGACACGGCAAGCACGGCGGUUUUAGCCGCGGCAGCACGUGGACACGGCAAGCACGGCGGUUUUAGCCGCGGCAGCACGUGGACACGGCAAGCACGGCGGUUUUACCCGCGGCAGCACGUGGACACGGCAAGCACGGCGGUUUUACCCGCGGCAGCACGUGGACACGGCAAGCACGGCGGUUUUACCCGCGGCAGCACGUGGACACGGCAAGCACGGCGGUUUUACCCGCGGCAGCACGCGGACACGGCAAGCACGGCGGUUUUACCCGCGGCAGCACGUGGACACGGCAAGCACGGCGGUUUUACCCCGCGGCAGCACGUGGACACGGCAAGCACGGCGGUUUUACCCGCGGCAGCACGUGGACACGGCAAGCACGGCGGUUUUACCCGUGGCAGCACGUGGACACGGCAAGCACGGCGGUUUUACCCGCGGCAGCACGUGGACACGGCAAGCACGGCGGUUUUACCCGCGGCAGCACGUGGACACGGCAAGCACGGCGGUUUUACCCGCGGCAGCACGUGGACACGGCAAGCACGGCGGUUUUACCCGCGGCAGCACGUGGACACGGCAAGCACGGCGGUUUUUACCCGCGGCAGCACGUGGACACGGCAAGCACGGCGGUUUUACCCGCGGCAGCACGUGGACACGGCAAGCACGGCGGUUUUACCCGCGGCAGCACGUGGACACGGCAAGCACGGCGGUUUUACCCGCGGCAGCACGUGGACACGGCAAGCACGGCGGUUUUACCCGCGGCAGCACGUGGACACGGCAAGGACGGCGGUUUUUACCCGCGGCAGCACGUGGACACGGCAAGGACGGCGGUUUUACCCCGCGGCAGCACGUGGACACGGCAAGGACGGCGGUUUUACCCGCGGCAGCACGUGGACACGGCAAGCACGGCGGUUUUACCCGCGGCAGCACGUGGACACGGCAAGCACGGCGGUUUUACCCGCGGCAGCACGUGGACACGGCAAGCACGGCGGUUUUACCCGCGGCAGCACGUGGACACGGCAAGCACGGCGGUUUUACCCGCGGCAGCACGUGGACACGCCGCGGCAGCACGUGGACACGGCAAGCACGGCGGUUUUAGCCCGCGGCAGCACGUGGACACGGCAAGCACGGCGGUUUUACCCGCGGCAGCACGUGGACACGGCAAGCACGGCGGUUUUAGCCGCGGCAGCACGUGGACACGGCAAGCACGGCGGUUUCAGCCGCGGCAGCACGUGGACACGGCAAGCACGGCGGUUUCAGCCGCGGCAGCACGUGGACACGCCGCGGCAGCAAGUGGACACGGCAAGCACGGCGGUUUUAGCCGCGGCAGCACGUGGACACGGCAAGCACGGCGGUUUUACCCGCGGCAGCACGUGGACACGGCAAGCACGGCGGUUUUACCCGCGGCAGCACGUGGACACGGCAAGCACGGCGGUUUUAGCCGCGGCAGCACGUGGACACGGCAAGCACGGCGGUUUUAGCCGCGGCAGCACGUGGACACGGCAAGCACGGCGGUUUUACCCGCGGCAGCACGUGGACACGGCAAGCACGGCGGUUUUAGCCGCGGCAACACGUGGACACGGCAAGCACGGCGGUUUUAAGCCGCGGCAACACGUGGACACGCCGCGGCAGCACGUGGACAAGGCAAGCACGGCGGUUUUAGCCGCGGCAGCACGUGGACAAGGCAAGCACGGCGGUUUUAGCCGCGGCAGCACGUGGACACGGCAAGCACGGCGGUUUUACCCGCGGCAGCACGUGGACACGGCAAGCACGGCGGUUUUACCCGCGGCAGCACGUGGACACGGCAAGCACGGCGGUUUUACCCGCGGCAGCACGUGGACACGGCAAGCACGGCGGUUUUACCCGCGGCAGCACGUGGACACGGCAAGCACGGCGGUUUUACCCGCGGCAGCACGUGGACACGGCAAGCACGGGCGGUUUUACCCGCGGCAGCACGUGGACACGGCAAGCACGGCGGUUUUACCCGCGGCAGCACGUGGACACGGCAAGCACGGCGGUUUUACCCCGCGGCAGCACGUGGACACGGCAAGCACGGCGGUUUUACCCGCGGCAGCACGUGGACACGGCAAGCACGGCGGUUUUACCCGCGGCAGCACGUGGACACGGCAAGCACGGCGGUUUUACCCGCGGCAGCACGUGGACACGGCAAGCACGGCGGUUUUACCCGCGGCAGCACGUGGACACGGCAAGCACGGCGGUUUUACCCGCGGCAGCACGUGGACACGGCAAGCACGGCGGUUUUACCCGCGGCAGCACGUGGACACGGCAAGCACGGCGGUUUUACCCGCGGCAGCACGUGGACACGGCAAGCACGGCGGUUUUACCCGCGGCAGCACGUGGACACGGCAAGCACGGCGGUUUUACCCGCGGCAGCACGUGGGACACGGCAAGCACGGCGGUUUUACCCGCGGCAGCACGUGGACACGGCAAGCACGGCGGUUUUACCCGCGGCAGCACGUGGACACGGCAAGCACGGCGGUUUUACCCGCGGCAGCACGUGGACACGGCAAGCACGGCGGUUUUACCCGCGGCAGCACGUGGACACGGCAAGCACGGCGGUUUUACCCGCGGCAGCACGUGGACACGGCAAGCACGGCGGUUUUACCCGCGGCAGCACGUGGACACGGCAAGCACGGCGGUUUCAGCCGCGGCAGCACGUGGACACGGCAAGCACGGCGGUUUCAGCCGCGGCAGCACGUGGACACGGCAAGCACGGCGGUUUCAGCCGCGGCAGCACGUGGACACGGCAAGCACGGCGGUUUCAGCCGCGGCAGCACGUGGACACGGCAAGCACGGCGGUUUUAG